UUGAAUAUAUUGAAUGAUAUAUCGCUAAAAAUUUGUUAUAUUAAAUUUCGUUUAGAAAAUAUAAAAAAUUUUAUUCCGCACCUAUAUUAACUAUGAGUGUAAUUGUAGUCUGAAUUCAAUGAAUCCGUUACUUCGGCAAGUAAUGUUUAAAUUUUAUGAAAUACAAUUAAUUUUACACUCAAUUAACUAGCAAUAUAUAAAAUGAAUCUUGCCGGCACUUUUUCCGUGUACAUCGAUAUUUUGUUAAUUAUUUGUUUAAAAUGUGAAUUUUCAUUUACAUUUUUAACAUCUGGAUUUAAUAAAAUUGGUUCCAUAAUAGAAAAUAUACAAUGUAAUUUUGUGGAAUGUUGUACGAACGAAUAUAUUUUCUCUGACAUUGAUAAAUUAGAUGAAAUUUUUAAUAAAGAACUUUAUGGUCAAGAAAUGGCUCAACAUGUAAUUAUAAAUGCUUUACGUGCACAUUUAACUUCAAAUAAUCCUUCAAAAGCUUUAGUUAUGAGCUUUCAUGGUCCACCAGGAACUGGCAAAACUUACAUAAGUCAAAUGAUUGCUAAGUUUCUUUAUAAAAAGGGUGAUCAAAGUAAAUUUUAUCAUUUUUUUAAUGGUCGUAAUGAUUUUCCUCUGCAAGAUAAAGUAAAUGAAUAUAAGGAUGAAUUGUACAAAAUUAUUAUUAAUAGUUUACAAAAAUGUGAAAGAUCCAUGUUUGUGUUUGAUGAAGUGGAUAAAAUGCCAGAAGGUGUACUGAAUGUUCUUGUACCAUUUUUGGAUUAUAAUACAUGGGUCAAAUCAUGGAGACUUGCAAAUUCUAUAAAUGCAAGGAAAGCAAUUUACAUAUUUUUAUCUAAUACAGGUAGUUCACGAAUUACGCAACGUUUAUUAACACUUUGGGAGGAAGGCAGACAGAGGCAUACAACUAAGCUUCAAGAUUUUGAAAAUUUAAUAAGUGUUGGAGCAUUUAAUGAAAGGGGUGGUUUCUACCAUAGUGAUACAAUAGAUUCUAAUGUUAUAGAUCAUUAUAUACCUUUUUUACCACUUGAAGAAGUUCAUGUGAAAAAAUGUUUAAACAAACUUUUCAUAGAUAGAGGAAUACAUCCUACUAAUGAGAUGAUAGAAGAAGCAUUAUCAUAUGUGAUCUUUGGACCACCUCCACAUAAUAUUUAUGCAACUACUGGCUGUAAAAGACUAGAACAAAAAGUAGGUACUAUUAUAUAUGCCAAUAAAAAGCAUAAAUUAGAACUUUAAAUAUAUAUAAAUAUU